UCGCAGAAAGCGAAACAGGACAGCAUGAUAACGGCGAAUGAUCACGUCGUGGUAGACCUCCCGCCUCGUGCGUUUCGCACAAACAUGGCUCCUCGCACAAUCGUGGAUCCCGACGAACUUCGCGGUUUCGGAUGACGUGGCUUCGGAUGCCUCGUGCGUCUUGGGAACCGUAAUGGUUCUCCGAGUACGGCCUGUGAACGUCGAGUGCCAGUGCAACAACGAUCCGUGCGGACAAUGUGGUUCGAUCACGGGGAUUAAAGGCAACAGGAUGUCUUCUUCCAAGGGCGAGGUGGAGCCAACAGGGACCUCCGGGAAGGAAUCAGGAAAAGAUUCCACGAGGCGGACGUCUACUGCCACGAAGGGGUGGUCGAACCAUUCGAGGUCGAAAUGGUUCAUCGACUGGUGCUGUGGAGACGCUUCUAACCCCACUGCGCAGCCAUGUGGUCCUGUCAUCUUCAUCGACAGCAGAAGGCGUAGAGUGCUUGGGGCUGUUUUGCGGUGGGAGGACGCAAAGGGGGGCCGACGACAUUUCUAUAUGCAAAAGGUUUAUGGUGCCAAGGGCAACGUCGUUGCCAAUUCGAAAGGGACGUUGUUGGACCUCGAAUUGUGUGAGGGGUUCGGAGCGAGUGCUAUGAACACCUCGUUCUACAGAGAACUCGUUCUCGGGGGCGGAUUUGUUUUGGCGCGUGAAUUUUUCGACAUGUUGGAGGACAGGAACAUUGCUCUCAACGUCCCCUGCGACAUCGGCCACUCCCUGGAGCUCUCGUUGCCGUUGAGGCUGUGUAGCGGUUGCGAGUCAAGCGGGGCAGCGGCGGAGGGCGGUGAUCUAGGUUUUUUUCAACGGGAGAGUACGGAACCUGCAGGAGAGUUGGCAGCCUCUUCGGAGGUCGACUUGGAGGCGAGCGAGGGCCAGAGUGUAGAGGAGGUAACCGCGGGCGGCCWGGGCUCGCAAGGYGMUCCACAAAAGAGGAGGGGGGAUCGUCCAGACGAGUACGCCGGUUCUGCGAAGAAGUUAAAGAGCAAGGCCCCCAGGACUGCGGGGGAGAAACGCAAGGGGACCGAGGGGGAGCAGGGCCGGCAGGUUGCCAAACGACCGUCUUCGAGACAGAAGCAGCCUGAGUCUGGACCGUCUUCUCCACCGACAACAGGGACUCCCACCGACGUCGACGUCGGGUACUUCCUAGAGUACAAAGACGGCGUUCGGACAAAGCGGGAGUUCGAGAUUAGCCCUGCGCAGGUCGUCGACCUCGGGGAGUGGGAGGACCUAUACAACCAACGGUCCCUGGAUCCGGUGGUCGUGGAAGGGAUCAAAGAAGCGAUGCGGUUGGCGUUCGAAAACAAAGCGCAGUCUUACGAUUUACCUAACCUGAAGCUAGCACCGCUGGGGCUUAAUAAACCGACUCCGGGGACCAAAGCAGAACGUCUCAGGCCGGAGGAAUGGAGGGAUGAGCUGGCGGGACAAUACUACUACUACGCGGUGUGUGGGCAGCACAACGCGGCUGCAGCGAGGUCGCUCCUCGGCAGCGAGGUGGCCAGGAAAUACAAUUUCGAGCGGUGGCCAACACGAAUGGUCUACUUUUCGGACGGGGACUUCGAAGGGUACUUCCUUGUCUGUUCCCAGGACAACAAGAAGGACCUGAAGGCGCCCCCACGACAGUUGAAGCUGUCAUUGAGAGACAUUAGGUGGCAGCGGAAGUGCGCCGGUUGCCCACGUGCUGUUGUGGGGAACCCCAGCGGAAAACAACUGUCCGGAAGUGGCGUGAAUUCUGUAAUAUCAGAAGGGCGACGAGGCCAUCAGGAAACAAGGCGCUGCCCUGCGUUCCUAUUUCCCGCUGGCGAUGGCAGGGGAGAACGUCUGGAAACUGGCCGUCGAGUUUUUCGAGAAAUAGGAGACAGGCAGAUUGCUCGGACACAACGGCGCAAAGUGGAUCAUGCGGAAGAAGAAAUCAAAAACGUGAAGCCUGGGGUUGCCUACAUCGACAACGACAAACUGGGCAGGAAGGAGGUCGUGUACAACGUCCCUAUGGACCCGCCGACAAAGAAAGGCAAAAAGGAGGAGGAGGGCGAGUGGUUCGUGCAAGUGCCUGAGCCCGACGCACAUUGUUGGAAAACGAUGGAGUCGCUAACCGACAAUGAGAAGUGCCGCAUCCUGAAGAAGGUGCUCGCUUGCGAGGUGGUUUGGGUCCAGACCGGCUCCCCGGCGUUGGCGAAGCUCGGAAAGUUGAGCGUCCAGGAGAUAGUGCAUUUGGUGAAGUGCGACUGGGUGCUAGUGCGUUUGUGGAACUACUACCAGUUCAAGCAUAACAAGAGGCCGGACGCGGAUUGGAGCCAGAGGUGCCCAUUCCUGAAAUCAAGGUCCGCGAUUUUCAGACAGUUUGAGAGUCGUGGUUUGGAUGCUGAGUUGUGGGACGGGAGCUGGAAAUACGUCACUGACUCCUCACUGUUCAACGACUGCCCGCCCUACAUGGGCUGCGACGACGACAGAUCGAUCGAGGCGACGGAGAAGUUGGCCGGUCACAAGAAGCUGUCUGUCGACUGGAGGAAUAAGGUCCUGUCCGUGUUGACAGGCAGUAGACUGAAGAGUCGCAAGAUCGUGCUCGCCGAAGGCAUUGUGCACAUAAAAUGGAAAGACACGGGCGACGUGACAUCCAUCACGCCAUUCGGCAACGGCCCCUUGGAGGCAGACAUAAGGAGUGCGGAGGUGAAGACGAUAGUGGUUGCCACAAAGAGUCACACAUUCGUCCUCGAUCUAUGCAAACCGGUGGACCUGAAGCUUUGGAAACCGCAAGCGUUCGACACUCUGGAUUCCCAACUAAAGACGUGGUGUCCGUCGCAUUGGACGCUCGUCGUCUUCGUCCCGCGGCAGCAGAACCUCUCGUUUCUGGCCAGCAUGAACCAUCUUUCUUUCAUGAAGCUGCUGGAAGGGAAGUGGGUGAGGAGGAGUCAACAGAAGAAAAUCUUCCCCGUCGGGAACAAUUUGUACACGGAAGACGACCGGAUGUACAUACUCUUCAAAGACGACGAUUUGCUCGCUAACACGUCCGUCGUCUACGAGGGGAAACUGCCGGUAGGCGCCGCUGCUGCAGUGCGGCUACCACAAAAGGUUACGCAAACGGAUGUGUCCGACAUCCCUGUGGGAAGUACUGAAGGCAGGACGACACGUCAUCGCGAUGGAAGGGAACUCCGAGCUCUUGAAUUUACAAUUGAUCUCGUCAAAAGCGAGGUCAAUUCGGGUGCCCACAAUUGCGAGUUUAUGGUUGUCACCGAGACUCGGGCUCGCGUGUGGAACAACAAGAAGGACAUGUGGUUCAAGUUGAGUGCGAGGAAGCGGAACAAGAUAUACGACAUCUUGUUCCUGCAAACACGGUCGAAGAAAGACACUGACGCCGAGUACGUGCGCCGCAAGGACCACAUAUUCACGUUGCUCGACAACUACCAUGGCGCCUCCUGCAUGAACGCGAAGACCUUCCUCGAGAGGUUGCAGUCCCUGUACUUCGUGGAGUCAGAGGAGGAGUGGACGUUCGACAAUUACUCCUCCUUGAUCUCCACGGAAGACGAGGAGACCACCGAGAUCGAGUUCGACGCGACCGCGGACGAGGAGGGCAGUGGCACCAAAAGCCUCGACCUACAGUACGACCCACAUCCCGUGCAGCACGCUACAGGGUCGUCCUUGGCAGACGCUGUAGUGCUAGUUUCUUGCAACCAGCUUAGAAUCAAUGGUCGCAACAUGGGGAAUUUGCGCCUUCUGUACGAGAACGGACAAUCCGAUUUGGAGAUUGUUGGUCAAAUUGAUAAGGUUCAUAAGUAGCAUGAGGUAGAGCAAGUGGCAUGUUGUGUGUGUGACGCCAUCAGUAAGUCCUUGGCAGGUGCUUGUAGGUUUGUGAGGAUGAAGUACAUUUCGGUUUUCUCGAGAGUGGCUACGGAGGGACAGCCACAAACUCUUGCUUUCGGGUCGUCAAUGAAUGCCUUAUACAAGU